UAGAAAUUUUACUUAUUUUUCCAUGUACUCUCGUGAAUAAGGGUUGUAUAAUAUAUUGCAACUAAAAAAAAACAUGUUGGGAGGCUGUCUGAAAGGUGGCAUUGACAAGUGUAAUUUGUAUAGAGUUGCCGGUGUCCUCAAUAGGCGGUUUUCGAGCCGCUUAGAUGCAUUGGACUACGAAGAAAAAUUAGAAGAUUGCUUGUCAGUACUACCAUCCAAAGCAAAGGUGGUAAUAUGCGGCGGGGGUGUAAUGGGGGCGGCUGUCGCGUACCACCUGGCCAACCGGGGGUGGGGUGACAGAACCGUAGUCGUCGAGAAAGAAAAAGUGGGUGCAGGGAGUCGCUGGCAUUCAUCAGGCCUUGUUGGAGCAUUCAAGCCAACUCUUGCUCAGGUGAGGCUUGCCCAGUCCUCAAUUAGGCUUCUUAAGGAGCUUGAGGCUCGUGGUAGGCCCACAGGGUGGAAACAAUGUGGUUCACUAUUAUUGGCAAGAACAAGAGACCGCAUGACUGUUUACAGAAGAAUGAAAAGUCAGUCUGUAUCGUGGAGCAUAGAUUGUGACUUAGUUACACCAAAGAAAUGUCAUGAAUUAUUUCCAAUGCUGAAUGUUGAAGAUGUGCUUGGAGGCCUGUGGAUUCCAGGUGAUGGUGUAGGAGACCCGCAUUUGCUCUGUAUGUCUCUUAUGAGAGAAGCAACUGAUAAAGGUGUGGGUGUGAUGGAAGAUUGUUCCGUGACAGCUGUGCUAUCGAAAGACGACAAAGUGUCUGGAGUGGAAACUACAAAUGGUGCAAUCGAGUGUGAUUACUUUAUCAACUGUGCGGGCUUUUGGGCUAGACAGGUCGGACAGUUGGCACGACCGCAGGUGAAGGUACCCUUACUACCAUGUGAACAUUACUAUCUGCAUACCAAGCCCAUUGAUAAUCUUGAUCCAAAGACUCCAGUCAUCCGAGACCCAGAUGGUUAUAUAUAUCUUCGAGAAAGAGAUGGAUGCAUUUUAGCAGGUGGAUUCGAACCAAUUGCGAAACCUGUUUAUGAAGAAGAAAUCGAGAACGCGUCACAACGUUGUUUGCCCGAAGACUGGGAUCACUUCCACGUGUUGCUGCAGGAGUUGCUGCAACGGGUGCCCGGUCUGAACCAGGCCGUGCUCCACAAGCUGUGCAACGGACUAGAGGCAUUCUCUCCUGACUGCAAGUGGAUCGUCGGAGAAGCACCAGAGAUGUUGAACUACCACGUGGCGGCCGGCAUGAAGACUGUGGGCAUUUCCGCUGCUGGUGGCGUCGCUGAGGCGACGGUUGACGAGAUCAUCGACGGCUACAGCAAGUACGAUAUGCAUGAGUUGGGCGUCAAUCGUUUCCUUGGACUGCACAACAACAAGAGAUUCCUUAGAGACCGCGUUAAGGAGGUUCCAGGCGUUCAUUACGGCCUUCCGUAUCCGUUCUACGAAUUCGAGACUGGUCGUAACUUGCGCUUGUCUCCCAUCUACCCGACGCUGAGAGACAACGGAGCAGUCUUCGGUCAGGUCAUGGGCUACGAGAGACCAACGUGGUUCGAGACCGUAGAGAAUGAGAGCGAGAAACCGCGUCCGUUCAAGAUAGCGCACACGAGAACUUUCGGGAAGCCGCCCUGGUUCGACGCGGUGCAGCGCGAGUACUGGGCGUGCCGGGAGCGGGUCGGUCUCUCCGACUACUCCUCCUUCACCAAGAUAGAUAUACAGUCUCAAGGUCGCGAGGUGGUGGAACUCCUGCAGUAUCUCUGUUCGAACGACGUGGACGUUCCCGUCGGGAGUAUCAUUCACACUGGGAUGCAGAACGAGCGAGGGGGUUACGAGAAUGACUGCAGCCUGGCUAGGAUAUCGGAGAACCAUUACAUGAUGAUAGCUCCGACGAUCCAGCAGACGCGCUGCAAGGUGUGGCUGAAGCGACACCUGCCCAGCAAUGGGUCGGUGACCCUCGCCGACGUGACGUCGAUGUACACCGCCAUCUGCGUCAUGGGUCCGUUCACGAGGAGUUUGCUCUCCGAACUGACCGACACUGACCUGUCGCCUUCGAACUUUCCGUUCUUCACGUUCAAGGAAAUCGACGUCGGUCUGGCCAAUGGGAUACGGGCGAUGAAUCUGACGCACACCGGAGAGCUGGGAUAUGUGCUCUAUAUACCUAACGAGUUUGCUCUCCACGUGUACAAUCGCCUGAUGACUGUGGGUGAGAAGUACGGGAUAAGCCACGUCGGUUAUUAUGCGUCGCGUGCGCUACGCGUCGAAAAGUUCUUCGCUUUUUGGGGCCAGGAUCUCGAUACGAUGACGACUCCUCUAGAAUGUGGACGCACGUGGCGUGUUAAAUUCGACAAAGACAUAAAGUUCAUCGGUCGGGAUGCCCUCCUGAAGCAGCGGGAGGACGGUAUCCGACGUCAAUAUGUCCAAUUGUUGUUGACCGACCACGACCACGAGCUGGACCUUUGGUCGUGGGGCGGGGAGCCGAUAUAUAGAGACGGGAACUAUUGUGGUCAGACAACCACCACCAGUUACGGAUUCACAUUCAAGAAACAGGUAUGCCUUGGUUUCGUCGAGAAACGCGAUAAGGACGGUGUUACGCAGAAAGUUGACAACGAUUACGUUCUGAGCGGCCAUUAUGAGAUCGACAUAGCCGGGAUAAGGUACGCGGCAAAAGUAAAUCUGCACUCCCCGAACUUACCAACGAAGUAUCCCGACAAGGAACGCGACGUCUACCAGGCAACGAGGAAACUGCACGAGCCCCAACAGUUCCUCGGCCGGCAUUACCAGCCGUAAAACUGUAUCCAGCCGAACUGGAAUGCUGAACUUUGUCAAGGAAUUCAAAAUGCUUGCAAUCUAAGAUAACAAACAGUAUAAAAUUAAUAGUUGUAAUACCUAAUUAUAUAGAUAUAAUAUAGCUUCUUCAUAGUUACAUUUAUUCCUCGAUUAAGUAUAAAAGUAAUCGAUUUUCGCUAUUAGUAAAUAUUUUCAUGAACAUAAAUGUCUGUCUAACUAAAGAGCAGACCAAAAAAGGAAUGAAAAUUUGA